CAAACGGAGAGUGGGGGCAAAAUGGAUAAUUUGGGACAUAAGACCCCACGCUGGGAAAUGGUUGGUUUGCCUUUGUUGUGUGUGCAUCUGCGAAAGUUAGCUCUGAAUGCAUAGUGUUGAUCAAAAAUGACGUUCGUUACGGUGGUAUCAAAUUAAGCAGGCAGCCUCAGAGGCAACCACUGAAUGUUGCCAUUUGCAAUUACAGUAGCAUUGGCGCUGCAUUUGACAAUCACUCGCGCCACGACGCACUCGGGUCGGGUGGCUUUUGUUCGGAUGGUAGUUUAGCUGGACUGGCAGAAAAAGAAAUCCGAUUUUUUUUCGUUCACAAUGGCCGGGCGUCGUGGCUGUGUGAAUUCGCUUUGGUCGGGGAGCGAGCGCGUUCGCAUCGGCGAGAGGCUGAAGGCAACCUUAGCGGGAAUACUGGAGCUGGACCUGCUCAGGUGCCGUCACUUGGAGAUGGUCGAUGCUGCGUUGGACAAAAAAGAGACAAUCGAUGAAACGGACCAGAACGAAGGACACCCAGAGAGCGCGACCGACGAUGAUGCGUCAACAUCCCACCACAGGCAACAGAGUCUAUCCCUUCCCGAGUCGGCGUUGCCCUGCUUGAGCGUUUCAGGAGAGGAGGUGACGUCGCGAUGGUCCACGCUGUCCUGGGACAUCCCGUCGGAGCUCCUCUCCCCCCUCACGCCAGACACCGCAAGCACCACGCUGGUGGACGGAGACUCAAGGCCCAGCUCAGGUUUCUACUCUGUAAGCGGGAGCUCCCUGUCUGACUCCAGUUACUCGGUGGCAAGUGAGGUGGCCCUUGGUGGGUCUGGAGGGAAGGCCUGUGGAGGUGGUGGUGGUGGUGGGGUUGUAUGCAGGCCGCUGUCAGAGGACCACAGCGCCACCCAGUGGAGAGAGGCCUCACAGCUGAGCACGCAGAGCAUCGAGGAGACCCCUGGGGAGGAGGAGAGGAGACCCGUCUCCACAGGUGACCUUGACCUCCCCGGCCUGGUGCUCCUGUCUGACCUCUGCUCCAAGCUGGGAGGCUCUCAGCAGACCCUCCCUCUCCCAGACUCCUGCCGCGCCUUGCACUCCCGAGUGCAGCUGGAGCCCAAGUUCUGCUCCGACUUGGUGUCCCGCAAGACCAAGGAGGUCUACCCGUACCCCAGCCCCUUACACGCGGUGGCCCUGCAGAGCCCCCUGUUCACCUUCACCAGCCAGGACCACUCGCCUCCUCAGCUGUCGCCCAGCCCGGACGCUGAGCCGCAGACCGCGGACCAGGAGGCGCUGUCGUCACCGAGGACUCACACGCCACACGCCCCUCCUCCGCCGUCACUGAGCCAGAUGGAGCUGUACAUCUCCAGGCUGGUCCACCAGUACCACUCCCGCAAGAGGCUCUCGGGGCACCACAACGGCUCGUGCCACAGCCUCCAGAAAUCCAUGUCGGGCUCGAGCCAAGACGUGUUCCUGCCGGCGAGGACGGUGUUGGCGCCGGCGCUGCCUCUGGACGGCGGGGGGCACGCGGGCUCGGCGUCGCAUUUGCCCUCGGUCAGCGUGACGCCGUGCAAGCUGGGCAACGCGUCGCGGGUGCGGCUGAGCAGCAUCAGCAAGAAGACCACCCGGAACUCCAUCAACCUCGGCAACCUGCCCUCGGUGACCGGGGAGGACUUCAACAUCAGCUUCCACCUCAACCUGAACCUGAACUUGAAUCCGAACUUGAACAAGAGCCCCGACGCCAAAACGACCCGCAAGGAUGACAUGUCCGCGUCCUGCGGGUACCUCGGAACUAGUUUCACCACCCCGACCGCCUCGCCCUCAUCCUCGACCAUGUCGUUCACCCCGACGCCAGUUUCCAGGGGCAGGCCGCGGAUCUCCACCUGCCCGUCGCAGGUCAACCACCGCGGCUCUCUGGAGGUGACGGGGAAGGUGUUUGGUCCCAUGGGCUUCUCCCGAUCCCUGGACUGGAGCGGGGCGUCGCGGGAAGAGGCAGAGGGCUGCCCUCCGCCCCCACCCCCGCCUCCUCUGCCCAAACCUCUGGACGGGCCUCUUCCUCCUCCUCCUCCUCCUCCUCCUUCAAAGCUCAGCGAGGACUCGGAGGUGGUGUGUGAGAUAUCCCGCGUCUCUGGACUCCCUCGCUCCGUGGUGGUGGGCUUGAUGGAGGAAGGCGUGGAGCUGGACCCGGACUGCUUCCGCAGCAUGGAGCGGGAGAGGGGCGAGGGCUCCGCUUCGCCCUCCCCCUCCCCCUCCUCCUCCUUCUCCUCCUCCGCCCAGCCCCUUCAUCAUCAUCAUCAUCAUCAUCACCUCUCGCAGUCUCCACGGAUAUACUGCCACGGCAGCCCUGGGUCCUCUGACCUUCUGAGGUCUCCGUCCCAGGUCGCCCACGUGUCCAACACCUGGAUCCACGCUGGCGUUUCGCCCGGGGAAAACGGCUCACACAACCAGCACUGCCUUCAGAUCACGCACACGGACUCCCUCUCAGCACUUACGUCACAGUCCACCAGCCCCGCCUGCUCCGAACACUCGGGCCCCACCCCGACGCAUCGGGUGAAGAGGACGUCGCCCGUCCUGUCGUUCCCCCCUGCGCCCGCGUACUCCGACCCUUCCGCGUCCCCGGGCGGCUCGUCCUCCGUGUCCUGCCACUCCAGAGUCCACUCCCCGCCGCGCCUCCUCUCGGACUCCCCCUUCACGCCCGCCCAGCUCUCCGUGUUCCGGCGAGACGCGCCGACGCAGUGCUCGCUGCCGCGGUUCCGCGCUCAUCACGGAGGCAACUCGGUGCAAGAGGGCAGCGGCGCGGCGGUGAUCCGGCCCAGGGGAGGCUCCCUGAGGCAGGAGGCCGGGGCCACGGUGUGGAGGUCGUCCCAGGAGCGGGGAUGGCGCAGGAGCGGCGACGGAGAGCGGCUGUACCAGGGCAAGCACGCCUCGCGCGAGCUGGUCAGGGCGUCCACCGUCAGCAGCUACUCGGCACGGGACUACAGCACCUGCUGGGACGAGGACGUGAGCGUGAGCGCGAACGACACGCCGACCAAAAAGGGAAGCAAGUUCUGGAAGGGCUUCGACGGGCGCUUUUGGGGCAAGGACCCAGCGCAGGAGGGAUACGGAGCAGCAGCAGAGAGGGACGGAAGGGGCAGCAGCAAACGGAAAGGUCACCAGAAGGAGAGGUCCUGGAACAAAGAGCAGGACGCCAAGCAGAAGCAGAAGGGGGGCGGCGCGUCGGCGGACUGGGAAGGCCGAAGCGCCAGCGUCCGCUCGUCGCGCAGGGCGCUGUUCCGCAGCGAGUCCCAGGGGAUGCUCGAGCCGCACUCCCAGCAGCGCAAGAGCCGCCUGCGCACAAACUACUGGUCCUCCUCGUUCGAGAUUGCGCGCGAGAGCCACCCCGCGGAGCGGGAACGAGGACGGGGACGGAGCCUGGUGGCCAGGGAGGACAAACACCUCUCCUCCACCGCCAGCCUGUUCCACCUCUCGCGUUCCCAAAGUCUGGAGGGCAGCUGCCAGUCGCUUUCUCCUCUCUCCUCGCCCUCUUUCUCUCCUUCCCCGCCCCGCGCCGCUCCCCUGACGCGCUCCAGGUCGUUCAGGGAUCUCGGCAGGCGUGUUUUCGGUUCGAUGAGGUCGCUCAGUUUGAGGGGCCACAAAUCAAAAAAGUGAUUCCAUUCCGGUCAGUUGGUAUUAGCCUAGUAAUAGUAUUCAUAUUUUAAAUAACACGUUACUUUUUUUUCUGCAUGAGACUGUGCCUAUGCAUGCAAUGCUGUGCCGUGGCUUUGUGCACUAGUGUACUGAGUUCUGUGCAUUUGGUUUGGUUUAAAGGUUCAGUGUGUAAUUUUUUUGUUAGUUGUCGAUUUCCAGAAUAGAUGCUGCCCAUUUACAAAUACCAUAUUUUGCUUGAAUAUUUACUACUACCACCAAUUUACAAGGAUUCAACAUGGCUUGGAAAUGUGCACUUUACAUACAGAAACAAUUGCAUCCCCUUCAUUUUAUUCAGCAUAUAACCAGUCAUACACAUACAUGGUGUGCAAAACUUCCAACUCAAGAUCCCUUGGUCAGACUAGUAAUAUUGAGUUGAUGUACUUGCUAGAUAUCAAGAUAUCAAAUUAGUGAGUGAGAAGCAUACAUUUUGGAAAUACUUUACUAAAAUUAAAUUACACACUAAACAUCUAAGUUGCUGUAUAUACUGUAUUUUGCCCUUACAAUACACAUCGAAACAGAAUUGAUAAUUGUGUUGAUCGCAAUCCAGCAGUAGUAAUGUGUAAUUUUCACUUACUGUGCUCAGGGCUCUUAAAAUAUUGUGAACAGUUGAACCACUAAACUCCAGACAUUGUACUCAAUGGCUUAUAAUUAAAUUGCUUAUGAAAUGUAUUGGUUCUGUCUACUUGUUUAUACAACCAAAUGCAUAUGUUUAGUCUGUCUCUGCUUGAUUGACACAUUUUUCAAAAUGUGCAGGGUAUUAACUGUUUAUCAAUAUUAGACUAAACUCUAUCAUAUUUGGAACUUUUGUUAGUGCCUCAGUAAAAACACGUGGAAGUAGCAACUGU